GGGAACCGCCCACUUCUAAAGUAAACGUGGAAAUGCCAUCGAAGUUUGUAAAAACUUGGCAUUUAUUUCCAACAUAAUGCUAUAAUAUCAAUAAAAAUACAUAAAUGGAAUAUCUUCAAAAGUAAUUCGACAAUAAAAAAUUAUAGAUAAGUCUAGAAAAGGCAAAUCUACUUGUUGAACUAAAUAAAUGGAACAGCCAAAACAAAACAUGUGAUUCUGAAGUUUGUGUAUGACGUCAAAAUGCUAAAAUAUCAUUGGACAAGGAUGACAGAUGCCAAUCAAAAUCCACGUGGUGUUGUAAUAUUUUGCACGGCAGCAAGUGUUUUGGUACCGCCGCCCGCCAUGUUCUUUUAAUAUUUGUAAAAAUUCAAUCAAAUAUUUGAGGACACAUAGUGUGUCCUCAUGGAUAUAUGAGUAUUUCGGAUGAUAAACAAUUAAUGACAUCUAUAGAAGAGGGCUUCGGUUCUGGCGAUGAGUUUGGAAACUUUGUUGGAAGCUGCGGAAUAUCUAGAAUGGCGUAACAAGCCAAAAACACGUGGUGAUAGUACAUCAGAGGACCCACACGGAUAUUCAUCACGAGUUGGGAAUGAUUCUGACGACUCUCCUGAAUCCAGCAACUCUGGAAAGUAUGCAGAUGGAGAUGAAAGAGAAAAAAGGCGAGCCGGAGGGGCUGGAACAAGAGAAGUUCACAACAAAUUGGAGAAAAACAGGAGAGCUCACUUAAAAGAAUGCUUUGAUUACUUAAAGAAGCAGAUUCCAACGUUAGAAGACAAGCGAACAUCCAAUCUUGGUAUUUUGAGAGGCUCCCUUCGUUAUAUCCAGGCUUUGAGGAGGAAAGAGAAGGAAUAUGAAUUUGAAAUGCAGCGACUGGCAAAAGAAAAGAUAUUUCUACAGGAAAGAUUGGCUUCGUUAAAAGGAGAAUUGUCACGUCUGAACAUAGAAGUUGACCUUGACCAUUGGAAAGUAGAUGCAGAGGAGCAAGACUCUAAUUCUACUUCCACUGCUACAGAACAAGGCAGUCCAAUAUGUAGUGAGGAAGACAAUGAGGAACUCCCUGGAAGGGGCCCCUACAAACUUUAUACAACAGGUCAAUUGAAACGAUCGCCAACCAAAGGAACAAUUCAUUUAACCCAGCCAGCAUCAACAUCUAUUUCCAGUGAUGUUGUCAGGGUGACCAACACAAUAGUCCCAGCUCAUCCCAAAGUGGCGCCACCAUCCUUUGUCAACUGUAACAAAGCAUCGACAACAAUCAGCCCCAAUCCUUAUAUACCGUUGAGCCAUUUUCCAGCUCGUACACCAGUGACACAAUUAUUGGCCCACACACUGAACCAAAGACAGAUGCUUCAGAGACAACAGAAAGCACAAUUAGCAACUUCUGUGACUUCAAGCAUCACCAGACCCGUGACAAAUGCCAGACCGACAUUCACUUUUACCCCUCUGAAUACACAUAUGUCCAAUCCGAAUGCACAAUUACAGGCAAUCAGUAAAAUGGCUAACGCUGGCCUGUCGUUACCCAUGACAACAUUCCAGGUACAGCCUGUAGGCAAAGGAUUACCAAACACACAACAUCUCUUAGUGACACCCAAUCCAGCUGUAACCAGUAUGCACCAGUCCCAUGCGGUGGUAACUAGUUUUACACCAACUAUUCAAACUAAUCCGGUGACUUAUUCAACAGGAGUGGCAACACCUAUGAGAACAACUGUUGUACCGACAGCCGCUGUUACAAGUGUACAGGCCAAUCAGCAUGCUAAAAAUGUAACACAAAUGGCUAACGUGAGACCAAUGUUUGCGCCUCACCUAAUGGCAGGACAUAUACCGUUAAAUGCAUUAUUGGCACAGACAAUUCCACGGACAUCAUUACCAUCGGGUUAUUCAACCGUUAGUUCCCCAUCUCCCGUAUUUACUUCAACACCCAAUCAAGGCUCUUCAUCUCUCCAGCUUAUGUCUCUGGCUCAGAUGACACCUGGUACCCAGCUACUGUCUCCCAUGUCCCCAGCUCUACAGCUGGGAGCAGCAGGACUGACACAGGCCCAGUUGAGUCAGAUGUUGCUGAAACAGAUUCCAAUCUUUACGCCUGGGUUGUUACAAGCUGGACAAGUUCAAUCAAUGAUACCAUCAGUUGUUAAACCGCUUGUUGUUGUUUCAGUACCAAAUGUUGUUACAACAACAAAUAUAAAUACUACAACGGCAAUUACAAAACCUUCAUCUGGUUCAUAGCACUCAUAGUUUAUGUUAGUGUUUUAAAUUUUGUUUCUUUUGACUUAAACCGUUCCUUACCCAUAAUUGAUAAAAAAAUUACUUUCUUCACUGACAAAUUGUUAUUAUUUAAUAUUUGGUAUGGUACACAGUGCAGUAUAAUAGUGUAGUAUUUCAUAUUCAUUUGAGAUCAACCAAUAUUAAAUUAUUUUGCUUCACAGUGACUGAUAUUUAAAUGGUAUUAAAAAUGGAAAAUUAAUAUGUUUUUGAUACAGAUACUUGUAAAGAAUGUCUAAAAAUUGAAAUAAUAGAGUAUCAGUAAUAAUUUUGGCAUUGGCCCUAAAAUUUCCAUAAAAGUUAAAUUUGAAAAUAUCUUUAUAUAUUUUUUUCUAUAGCUAUAUAUUAGUAGAAAUAAGAAAUUAGUUUGUUUUAUAUUAUUAAACUUAGAUUGAAUAGAAAUCCAUACAUUAUUGUUGUAAAGCCAAGCAUGAAAAUGUUAAUUUUGUAUGUACAUUGGUGUAUGCUGUUAAUUAUACGUGUACACAAAAUGUACUUUUGGAAAUUAUCAGACCAUUAUUUAUGUUUCACCCAACUUGAUGUGCCUUUCUAUCUAUUGUAUUUGUUUAAUUUCUUAAUUUGCAAUUAGAAAAGUUUUUAUCAUUAUUCAUUAUUGACCGUCCUGCUUGUUGCAAGAUUUUCCAAAUUGUUUAGAAUUUUCCAUAAGUAAUUUGCUUUGAACAUUUCAAUGAUAUAAGUCUUGAACAUUUGAAGUUUGACAUUCUAACUAGUUAUAGAUAGUUUCUUCCGAUUCAGGUUUUCUAAGUGAAAUGUUCAUGCAUCAUUGUAGAAUUCUUGUCAUAUGUUAUUAUAUUAAUUGUUUGUGAUAAAAUGAAUGCCAGAACAAAAAUUACGAUAUUUUGUUUUCAUCAAUAAUUUAUAAUUGCAUUUUUAAACUUUUGUAAAAGAUCAUGUUGUGUAUGUAAGUGCUUAUUUUAACAGAGUUAUCUAUCUGACAGAGCAUACAUAUGUGUAUGUGUGUGUGUGUGCAUGUACAUAUAUAUUGAUUGAAUGAUACUCAGAGUAAUUAUUGUGUGAUAUAGUUAUCUCCCAUUAUGAUAGAAUGAUACCAGUGUAAUUUUAUUAUUGUGUGAUAGAGUUAUCUCCCAUAUUGAUAGGAAUUCUUGUGUGAUGGAGUAAUCUCCCAUAUUAAUAGAAUUUAAAGAGUGUAAUUAUUGUGUGAUAGAGUUAUCUCCCAUUCUGAGAAUUAUAUGAGUGUAAUUAUUGUGUGAUAGAGUUAUCUCCCAUACUGAGAAUUAUACAAGUGUAAUUAUUGUGUGAUAGAGUUAUCUCCCAUACUGAGAAUUAUAUGAGUGUAAUCAUUGUGUGAUAGAGUUAUCUUCCAUACUGAGAAUUAUAGGAGUGUAAUUAUUGUGUGAUAGAGUUAUCUCCCAUACUGAGAAUUAUACCAGUGUAAUUAUUGUGUGAUAGAGUUAUCUCCCGUACUGAGAAUUAUACGAGUGUAAUUAUUGUGUGAUAGAGUUAUCUCCCAUAUUGAUAGAAUUAUACAAGUGUACAUGGUGUAAUUAUUAUGUGAUAGAGUUAUCCCCCAUAUUGAUAGAAUUAUACAAGUGUAUUAUUUGUGUGAUAAUUACCACAAUUGAUAAUACAUUAUUGAACGAUAACAGUAAUUAUUAUGGGAUAGAAUUAUCUCCCACUAUAUAUUUUAAUGGGAAAUUGUAGAACCUUUGUUUUAUUUCAUCGCUAUUAUUUCCAAACAAAACUGGCAUAGUAUAAUCUAGUCAAAUCUAUUUGUCAGUUAUAUCAGUUCUCUUUAAGCAUCUUUAAAUAUUUAAAAUAUGACUUCUAUUAACAGUUAAUUUCUAGCAUUUUUCAUUUUCAUCAAUUACUAAUGGUUUCUUUGUUUGAAAAGAAGUUUCAGUAUAAACAGUAGACUUUUUUGAGUUCGUAUUGAUUGCAAACACUGUUAUGAUUCAAAAAUUAUAUGUAAAAAAGAUACAAUGGAUUUAGGGAAGACAUAUCAAAAGAUGAAUGUAGGAUAAAAAAAACUUUUAUUAAAUAGAUUUGUGUGGAGGAUUAAAGUUACUGCAAUUUUUGUUUAUCUAAAAUCAAUCUUACAUAUAUCCAUAUUAGUGAAUCAAUUUUUCUCGAAUUAAGUUAGUAAA